CACAAUCAGAAGCAGAAGCAGCAAAGGGUUUUAGGCACACACCAAACAUGAGGGGAAAGAAGAAGAUAAUCCUACCUCCUCAGCUCCCGCCGGACAUCGCCGAAGAUGAAAUCGAAGUCUCCGACGAGGACAAGGCCUUCGUCAACGAGAACAAGGACUACGCCGGCUUCCUCUCCGCAUUGGACACCAACUCCAUCACCAAGCAUGUUACUCGUGUUGCUGAUGUAAAGGAGGAUACUUUGGAAGCUUUAUACGAACAGCGAAGAAGGAAGACCUCGCAGAAAGAAAAAGAGGAUAUCGGGAUUGAAGUUGAUCCCGUUGAUGCUCUUCCCAUAAAAGACUUCUCUGGAAAUCUCCACUAUCUAAAAGUACCAAAGAAAUUGAAAGCAUCUGAAAAUGAUCUGGAGGAAACUGGUCAGGAUGAUGAGGAUGAUGCUGCAGAUAAAGGCAUAGUUAAGUUGACAAAGGCUGAAAGGAGGGCAAAGCUUAAGAAACUCAAGAAAGAGGCAAAAAAACAAGGAAAAGAUUCUGCUACACCCGAAGUGGAAGUUCAAGUUGAAGUCAAACCAACCCCACAAGCAGCAGUGCUGGCUGAGGUUAAAGAAGAUCUUACUGCUGAAGAAGGCUUUGAAAGUAAGAAGCACAAACUUGCAGAGUUGGGAAUUGCUCUACUUGCUGAUCCCGAGGCCAAUAUUAAAUCCCUGAAGGACAUGUUACAAAUCUGUAAAGAUAGGGAUCAUGCAAUCGUCAAGCUUGGACUCCUAUCUUUGUUGGCUGUCUUUAAAGACCUUAUUCCUGGAUACCGCAUUAGGCUUCCCACAGAGAAGGAGCUGGAGAUGAAGGUUUCAAAGGAUGUUAAGAAAAUGCGGCUUUAUGAAUCAACACUUCUGAACACAUACAAGGCAUACUUGCAGAGGUUGGCAGCCUUAGAAAAACAGCCCUCAUUUCAGCAUGUGGCAUUUCGCUGUAUAUGUACUUUACUCGAUGCAGUACCCUAUUUCAACUUCCGGGAGAGCUUGUUAGGGAUUGUUAUCAAAAACAUAAGCUCCUCAGAUGAUGUUGUAAGGAAACUAUGUUGUUCUACUGUAAAGUCACUUUUCAUGAAUGAGGGAAAACACGGUGGUGAAGCUACUGUGGAGGCUGUUCGAUUAAUCGCAAAUUAUGUGAAAGCUCGUAAUUGUCAACUGCACCCUGAUUCCAUUGAGGUUUUCUUGUCUUUGUCAUUCUAUGAGGAUCUUGGGAGGGCUGCAAAAGAAGAUGAUAAAAAUAAAGCCAAAAACAAAAGAGGUAAAAAAAGAAAGGAUCAUGAGGAUCCACGCCAAAUGAAAGAAAAUGACAAAAAAAGGAGUAGGCAAGAACAACUGAUCAAGACAAGGGAGGAGGUUGCUGCUGAUUACAAGGCGGUUGCUUAUACCCCAGAUGUUCUGGAGCGGAGAAGAAUGCAGACAGAGACACUUUCAGCUGUAUUUGAAACAUAUUUUCGCAUAUUGAAGCACACAAUGCAGUCAUCAGCUGCCAGAUCUGAAGCAAAUAUUAGUUUAUCGACCGGUGCAUCUGAGCCCUACCCUUUACUUGCUCCCUGUCUGCAAGGAUUAGGAAAGUUCUCACACCUAAUUGACCUAGAUUUCAUGAGUGAUCUGAUAAACUCUCUGAGAAAGCUUGCUUCUGGUGGUGGUGAUACUGAUAAGACUUCUGAGAGAUGUUCAAAAUGUUUGACUGUAUCUGAGCGUCUCCGAUGCUGCAUUGUCGCAUUUAAAGUGAUGAAGAGCAAUCUUGAUGCCUUGAAUGUUGAUCUACAGGACUUCUUCAUCCAGCUUUACAAUAUUAUACUUGAAUAUAGGCCUGGAAGAGAUCAGGGUGAAGUAUUAGCUGAAGCUCUCAAAAUAAUGCUGUGUGAAGAUAGACAACAUGACAUGCAGAAGGCUGCUGCAUUUGUAAAGCGUCUAGCCACAUUUUCAUUAUGUUUUGGGUCUGCAGAGUCCAUGGCUGCCUUGGUUACCUUAAAGCAUCUUCUUCUGAAGAAUGUUAAGUGCCGAAACCUGUUAGAAAAUGAUGCUGGAGGUGGCUCAGUGUCCGGUUUAAUUGCGAAAUAUCAUCCUGAAGCUUCAGACCCCAAUUUAAGUGGUGCUCUUGCUUCAGUACUUUGGGAGCUUAAUCUUCUCUCCAAGCAUUAUCAUCCAGGUGUUUCAAGUAUGGUUUCAAGUAUAUCUAGUAUGAACACUGCUCAUCAAAACCAAGUUUAUCUCUCUACCAUCACUCCUCAGCAAGCCUUCAUGGACUUCUCCUUGGAGAAACCAGAGUCAUUCAAGUUCCAGGGUGACAUUAGAAAGUCAAAUAACAAGAGGAAAAGAGGAACAGGCUCUUCUAUAUCCACUGGGAUGGAGCCAUCCGAAGAUACAACUUCAAUCGAUGAAGAUGAAGUGAAAAAGAAACUUUCUGCUCAUUUCAUGGUUCUUCGUGACAUCAAGGAGAAUCAAAGAUUGAGGGCUGAGCUGCAAAGUACUACGUCAUCCAUUCAGCUAUAUGAAGAGUAUAAGAAGCAGAAGAAAAAGGUUAAAAAGCCCCAAACCAAGAAAAGUAAAAUUUUGAUUGUUAAGUGACAUUUUUUUGUCUUGAAUACUGAAUAUUUAUGCAAUUAUAUGAUUUUUCAGCGUUCCA